UGUAGUGUUCCUAUGACUAUCCCCUGGGAAUAGUUAACAUGCACUUGAUGACCAUCGUCUUUCUCACUGUGUGGGCUUCCUGUGCCCAAGGACAAGGAGGAACUUGUGACUUUCCCAAAAUAAAACAUGGAAGCAUACAUAAUGAAAACAGACAUGAGCAACAGUUCCCAGUUGCUAUUGGAAAAAAUGUCUACUACUCCUGUGAACAGAGCUUUGCAUCUCCAGAACAGUCAGUCUGGACAUGAAUCGAGUGUACAGCAGAAGGAUAGUCCCCAGCUCCACAGUGCCUCAGACACUGUGUUUUGCCUUCUGUGGAACAUGGCCACUCUGAUUAUUCACAAGUAACACAUUUGGAAGGCGAAACUGUGAAAAUUACCUGUGAUAUAGGCUACAAUCUCCCAAAUAAUCAGAGGAGUAUUACAUGUACAGAAAGUGGCUGGUCCACUGAGCCUAUAUGCAUUCCGUACUAAAAACGUUCAUAUUCUGAGCCACCUCAGAUUGAACAUGGAAACAUUGCAUCAGCUAGAUCUUCACUAGGGCCUAAAGUUUAUCCACAUGGCACCAUACUGAAUUACACUUCUCAAGCUGGCUUUAGGAUAUAUGAAGAAGACAACAAGAUAACGUGCUUCAUGGGACUAUGGAGUUCUCCACCUCAGUGUGUAGGACUUCCUUGUGGACCUCCACCUCAUAUUUCCCAUGGUGUACUUCCAUUCCACAAGGGAGAUGGUUACCAAUACGGAGAAGAAUUUACAUACAGCUGUUCUGAAGGUUAUGGAAUUGAUGGACCUGCAACAGCAAAAUGUUUAGGCGAAAAAUGGGCCAGUCCACCAGAAUGCAUAAAAACAGAUUGCUCAAGCUUACCCAAAUUCCCUAAUGCCAUGCUCAUAGGUCCAAAGAAAAGCUCCUAUAAGUCAGGAGUAAAGGUGACUUUUAAAUGUUCAUAUAAUUACCAACUAGAUGGACCCAAUUUUGCACAAUGUGUUAACAGCAAAUGGAUAGGAGGACCAGCAUGCCGAGAUGUUUCUUGUGGUUGUCCGCCCAUGGUUGAACAUGCUGUCACACGAAAUGAUAUGGGGAGCUACCCAUCUGGUGCACGAGUAUAUUAUGAAUGUGAAAAACCUUUUAAACUCUAUGGAGAAUCAGGAGAAGUGCAGUGUUUAAAUGGUGCCUGGACAAAACCUCCUCAGUGUAAAGACUCUGUAAGAAAAUGUGGCCCCCCCUCCCCCCCCCCGCGCCUGGCUGUUCCUCGCCAGGGCCCCUUGGAGGGGAGCGGGUUGAGCUUUCCUCCCCGCCCCGACCAGGGCUCCGGCAGCCGAAGACCUCCAGGACCAGCCACCACCAUGCUGAGACCACUCUCCGCACACAUGAAGGUACUGGCAGAGGGACAAAGCCACGUGGGUUCUGGGACCAAGAUCUCCAAUCCUACUCGGAUUGGAGUCGAGAAUCUUCCACCCAGAUCCUCCAAAUUCCAGUAGGCGGGGGUCACACCCACCACCUGGCCCCCUGGCGCCGUGUAAUCCCAUCAGCAGCCAAGACUCAGAGACUAUAAAAUCCAGCUCCCGGACAUCUUAUCAGGACAUCUUUUUAUGAUAUCUUAUUAUCUCAUUCCUACUUUGGACAAACUUGCAGGCUAUCGAAUGUAGCCUGCCCACAGGGGAGAGUCUGGCAAACUCCCCGUGGCAUACCAAAUAUGCCAAAUACCAGUAACAAUGAUGGGUCUCAUUCUCCUAAAGAGCCUUCAAUAUAAUCUCAGGGCUAGGAUGAAAGAGACGUUACUGGGGCCUGCUCGAGGCAAUCGACGAAUAACAGGAUGAUGAAAUGAAAUGAAAUGGAGAUACUACUUCAUACCAAGUUGGUGAAUAUGCUCCGGAAUCAAAAGUUGACUACCAAUGCCAAGUCCAUUAUGUACUCGAGGGAGUCAGGACUAUAGUAUGCCGCAAUGGGCAGUGGU